AUGCCGCCGAAAAAGACCGAGAAAGGCGGGGGCAAGCGGCCUGCUGCGGCCAAGGUUGUCGAGGACAAGACCUUCGGCAUGAAGAACAAGAAGGGUGCGGUUGCACAGAAGCAGAUCGCUCGCAUGGAGUCCUCCCUCAAAGCAAGCGGAAGCGCAGAGCAGAAACGGAAGGAUGCGGAGAAGGCCGCCCGCGAGAGGGAGAAGAAGGCUGCCGAGGACGCCAAGAGGGAAGCCGAAAUGCUGCUCAACCGACCAGCCCAGAUCCAGAAAGUCCCCUUCGGUGUCGACCCCAAGACUGUGGUGUGCAUAUUCUUCAAGAAGGGCAACUGCGAGAAGGGCAAGAAGUGCAAGUUUGCCCACGAUUUGAGUCUUGAGCGCAAGACAGAAAAGAAGAACCUAUACACAGACACCCGGGCCGAGGAGGAGGAGAAGCGGAAGACCGAGACGUCGGCAGACUGGGACGAAGAGAAACUACGUUCAGUCGUGCUGUCCAAGAAGGGCAACCAGCAGACCACGACGGACAAGAUUUGCAAAUUCUUUGUCGAAGCGAUCGAGGAUGGCAAGUAUGGAUGGUUUUGGAUAUGUCCGAACGGCGGUGACAAGUGCAAGUACAAACACGCACUGCCACCUGGAUUCGUGCUCAAGACUAAAGAGCAGAGGGCGGCGGAGAAGGCGUUGCUGGACAAGUCGCCCCUGAAGACAUUGACUCUAGAGGACUUCCUGGAAUCAGAGCGACACAAGCUUACCGGUACUCUCACGCCCGUGACCCCGGAAAGCUUUGCCAAGUGGAAGAAAGAUCGUCUCGAUAAGAAGGCAGCCGAGGAGCAAGCACGGCAGGCGAAGGAGGCCACUGGCCGUGCGCUGUUCGAGAGCGGCAACUGGAGAAUGGAGGAAGAAUCCGAGGAUGAGGACGACGAAGAUGAUGCUUGGAACCUGGAGAAGCUUCGAAAGGAAACCGAGGCUAUACGGCAGCAAAAAGAGGAUGCUCGGCUCCUGGCUGAGCAUGGCGUUCAGACCCCGAACAGCAUCGCUCCUACGCCUGACGGUGUCACUGCGACCUGA